CCGCCAUGUCCAAGAACGCGCAUGCGCAGGAGGAGGAUGUCAGCUGUGGAGUUGGCGCCUGCAAACCAAGAUGGGCCGCUCGCCUGGCCAAUCCCAAGCUGUUCGUGCUGUCCUGGUGUUUCGUCAUCAUGACGUCACUGGCAGGUGGUGCUUACGUAGCCGGUGUGUUGACAACUCUGGAGAAACGGUUUGGUCUUCAAAGCCAGCAGCUCGGCCUGUUCAGCAGUGCUGCCGACGUCGGGAGUAUGUUGACGGUUUUGUUUGUCACGUACUACGGAGGAAAGCCUGGCGUCAGCCGGCCCAAGAUUAUAGCUGUCGGUACGUUACUCUUGGCCUUCGCCGCUGCUCUGUCUGGUCUGCCACACUUCAUCGCUCCAGCUUAUGAUACCAACCUCCCGGGUACAGAAAACAACACCAAACAGGACACUUGCAUGGCGAAUCAGACGGUGUCUUCGUGUGGGAAGGAGGAGGAAGAGGCAGCGUCUUCCCAGGGACAGGGGCUAUUACUGCUUCUGCUCGCACAGGUUAUAUACGGGGUCGGCAGUACGCCUGUAAGACCUCUUGGAACAACCUACAUCGAUGACCAAGUGCCACGGGCAAGUGCACCGAUCUAUAUUGGAGUAUCUUCUGUUGUCUUCGUUAUCGGGAUACCACUUGGAUUCAUCAUGAGUGCCUUCGCUAUCCAGUUCUACAUUGACAUCGACAAGGGCAUUGACCCCGCCGAGUUUGGGAUGACCCCAGAUAACCCCAUGUGGGUCGGUGCCUGGUGGCUGGGCUUCUUCAUCUGCGCAGCAGCUUUAGUGGUGGUGGCCAUACCCAUGUUCUUCUUUCCCACUGCGAUGAAGAAGCCAGCAGACAGUGACGAUCAUCAGGAAGAAAAGGAAGAGAAGAGCGCGAAACGCCGGAUGUUGCCGAUGAUAGACGACACUGAUCGCCGAGAACCCCUUCUGGACUCCAACAGAGGAUUAUGUGAACAGCUCAAAGAUAUGGCGAAGAGCCUGAAAGACAUCUUGACCAACGCGACCUUCAUGAUGCUGUGUCUGUCCGGAGUCUGUAACACCUCCAUCUCCGGAGCCCACUCCUUCAUGCCGAAAUACAUGGAGGUGCAGUUUGGGAUCCCCAAGUCACAAGCAAAUAUGCUGGUUGCCCCCGUUGUUCUACCUUUCAUGAUCAUCGGCUUUCUGGCAUCUGGGUUCAUCAUCAAGAGGUUCAAACUGACGCCGAGACAGUGUGUUUACAUGAGUAUCGUCUGCACAGUCGUGUCGACUCUAGGCUUCAUCGGAAUGUUCUUCUUCACUUGCCCUGUGCCACCAAUGGCGGGAGUCACUAUACCGUAUGGAUACAGCCCCUAUAUGCCCAACUCUCCCCAGCUUUCAGCUGCAGACUUCAACCUGCUCUCCCCCUGCAACACAAACUGCAGCUGCGGCACGGAAAAGUACAGCCCGGUCUGCGGAUCGGACGGAGUCACCUACUUCUCGGGCUGCCACGCGGGGUGCACCGUAAAGCAGAGCUUCAUGAACCCGAUGGGGUUCACCCUCGCGAACUAUUCCAAUUGCGCUUGCUUGGCCAAACUACCACCAGCGGUUCUAGCUGAAAAAUUUGGGCUUGGUGGUAAGCAACAUGGUAGCAAACCCUCUUCAGAUGGACAGAUCCCACCAGCAGCCGGAGGGAUGGAAGAAGAGAACGUGCGACAAAGGGAAAGGAGGAACAAAACUACUCCAGGGAUUCCGGGUGACCAGGAUUUCGGAAUCAGAAUUCCGGAAUCGGAAGGACAAAUCCCUGGAAAUAGUACAGGAAUUCCGGAUUCUGGGGAUCAAAUUCCCGGCAACGGAACAGGAGUUCCUGGAAUGCGCAUGCCAAGCUUCGCCAUUGGUGCUCCAUGUUCCCAGACAUGUUCACAAUGGAAGUACUUCCUGGCAAGCUUUGUCGGUGUCGCCUUCGUCGGUUCCUUUGGAAUGAUCCCCACUAUCAUCUCUGUACUCAGAUCAUUGACCCCCGAGACGAAAUCUUUUGGCAUGGGAGUGCAGGUUGUGUUUUAUCGGCUGAUAGGUUUUAUACCUUCGCCUAUCUAUUUCGGUGCCCUGAUUGACUCCACUUGUCGUUUGUGGAGCACCACCUGUGGAAAGAGGGGGUCCUGUCUACUGUACGACCUGGACCGCAACCGGUACUACUUCCUCGGGCUCAUGGUCAUCUUGAGGAUGUGCAGCAUCCUCUUCGAGCUCGUUGCCGCUCACCUCUUCAAGAAGCGGGAGGAAUCGAAGCCGGAGGGCAAGGAAGGCGGGGCGACGAACAGGGACAUCGCGGCAUCGCUGGGCUCUCUGGCCGGCUCCAUCAGGAGCCUGGACACGACCGGUCGCGACGAGAACCCGAAGGAUACGGAAGAACUGCGGAUGAACAUCUGGAAUAAAGGGGAGGAAGCGGAGGAAGCCAAGCCGCUUGCUUGAGCCGUUAUGAAGCAAGUGUAAGGUCACAAAUUGGACUAACAAAAGUUUUUGACUACACGACUCUUUUUGUUACGGAAUGAGCAUUCCACUGCUUCUGUGACUGAACUUUAAUAUGCGUAUAACAUACGUGAGUCGGUGAGCAGUGGAUUCUAGGUUUCAGGAAGUCUGUGGCACCCCCCGUCUCGUCUUUGUUGAGGGAUGGUUGUAAUGCCAUUUUUGUGGACGGUCUCUUGAAUACUUCGUGCAAAAAAGCCUGAUUUAGUUGUAUUUCGUGGCAAAGACUAGAGUUGUACAGUUGAAAACUUGGGU